AUGGACAGAAGGAUUCAUCUCGAUGAAGAUGCCGUGCUCCCCUCGUAUCUACAACUAGAGGCUAAUGAAAAGUAUUUAUUAGUCAAGGAUAGCGAGGUUCAUUGUGACAAAGGCCUAUCAACCAUAUUAUCAGUCCCCACCAAAACAAAAGAAAAUAGCAAAAUAGUAAUAUUAUUACAUGGACACCAAUCACACAAAAAUGCCCUGUAUCAACCUCUCCUCUCUCAAGAGUUGAGUAAAAUGGGGUAUUUUGUAAUCAGAUUUGAUUUCAGGGGACAAGGUGACUCUGAGCCAAACAGGAAUGAAAAUGAGGGAAGAACGAUUACUCAAGAUCUCGAAGAUAUGAAUGCUAUAAUAUCUUCAUUGGACGUGCUGUCGACAAGCUAUAAUAUUUCAUUUCAAUUAGAGAUGGUUGUAGCUCAUUCUCGUGGUGUGCUGAUCAUGUUCGAGUACCUGUUGAAUAACAAACCUAUUUGUGUUCCAAAAUUGGUUAACUGUUCCGGUAGGUUUGUAGGGAGUAACCUUCUGAAAAGAUAUUCAAAACUCUAUCCCAAUUGGCGAGAAGCGAAAGGAUUUGGUACCAAGAUUCUUCGAUAUGGGAAAGUUGUGAGCUGUUGGGUUCCUGAAACGGAAAUAAUAAGCACAGCAAACGUUAAUGGAGAAUCAUUUGCCAACCUAAGCAAGGAAUCCUAUGUAUUAAUAAUCCAUGGAUCUUGCGAUGACGUGAUCCCACUGGAAGAUGCAAACAAAUACGAAAGCAUAUUUCAAGGUCAUUGCCAUCUGAUCAAAAUACGUGGUGCAGACCACAACUACUAUGGCCUUGAACAUGACCCAAAUACUUACAAGUUACCCAUAAAGAGAGGCAAAGUGAAUUAUUCUGUCAUUUUAGUAAGAGAAAUUCUGAGUUUCUUGCAAGGCAGAACAGACGUAAAAACAUAG